CAAAACAAACAGCGGCUUCCUGGCAUUAACGUAGAAUGUUGCUAAACACUUUGUGAUAUUAAUGUUUCACCUGAAUGUCAGACAUUUUAUCCCACUGCAGCCGAGCAGCUCACUCAUGGAAAACUUCGAUCCAAAGAUGUUCUGGAUCAUCUGGUUCCUGUGUUCUGUGUUGCUGUGUGAAUGCAGCCCGGUGCCUGACCCGGACUCUCCGAUGUUUGGGGAGGUCCAGUCGCCCCAGUACCCCCAGCCGUACCCCCCCAACCUGCAGCAGCAGUGGGAGCUGAGGGUUCCUGAAGGGUUCCAGAUCCGACUCACCUUCACCCACCUGGACAUCGAGGCGGCUGCAGGCUGCUACUACGACUCACUCACAGUUCUGCACAAGGAAAAGCUGCUGGGGAAGUUCUGUGGCACUGAGAACUCUGCUGACGGACAUCACCCCGGUAACCAUCCCAUCCUGUCUCCCGGCAACACUCUCAUGCUCAUCUUCCAAACCGACGACGACAACCCGGAGCGGCACCAGAACCUGGGCUUCUCGGCCCAGUACCAGGCCAUAGACGUAGAUGAAUGUUCAGCACCAGAACCUCUGGACGGGUCGGGUCCGCUCUGCUCCCAGAUCUGCCUCAACACACUGGGUUCUUACCUGUGCGCCUGUCACCAUGGUUACGAGCUGCGAUCGGACCAGCGCACCUGUGUGUUGUCCUGUGGUGGAGGUAUAUUUGAUGAACCGGAGGGUCACCUGUUCAGUCCAGGUUACCCGAUGAUCCCGCCUCACGCUGUGUCCUGUCAGUACAUUAUUUCUGUCGAACCCGGCUUCACUGUGUCUCUGAACUUCAGCGAUAACUUCCACAUCGAGAGCGUCGACACUGAGGACGGUUUAAUCUGCCUCCAUCACUGGCUGCUGGUGACCAUCCCAGACAGAGAACCCAUAAAGCUCUGUGGUGGGUUGAGUCCAGGACUGAUGGAAACCAACUCCAGCACCGUGAAGCUCGACUACCACACUGACGAUAAAGGACAGAGCCGAGGCUGGAGUCUGGACUAUAGAACCCAGAGGGUCCAGUGUCCGGUUCCUGGCCGUGUAGCUAACGGUCGGGUCACUCCUGUCCUGACGGAGUAUUUCUACAGAGACUAUCUCCACGUUCGCUGUGAUCAGGGAUACAAGCUGAUGAUGGAAGGUGAGGAGAUCCAGAGUUUCUUUACGAUGUGUGUAAGUUCUGGACGGUGGCAUCUUUCCCUGCCUGAGUGUCACAUAAUUGACUGUGGAGAACCUGAACCUCUGCUGAACGGAGCGGUGACCGUCCUGUCGGGUUUCCAGAAUCAGUACCGUUCUGUUGUUCAAUACCACUGUAAUCAACCUUUUUACUCUCCUCUGGGAGGCGUAAACGUUACUUUCAGGUGUGAUGCAGACAGACAGUGGAGAUCCACCCAUGAUGUGAUCAGCAGUCCAACAUGUUUACCAGUGUGUGGGCAGCCAACAAAGCUGAUCUCUGGCUACCAGCGGAUCAUCGGAGGCAGCAAUGCUCCACAUAAAACCAUCCCCUGGCAGGUGAUGCUGAGUGUGGGUUCAGGCCGAGGAGGAGGUAUGGUGAUCGCUGACCGCUGGAUCUUGACUGCAGCUCAUGUACUGGUAGCAAAUGGAGCAACGGUUCCUCCAGAAGACGUGCGGAUUUACAUGGGACAUAAUGACGUUAAGACGCUGAAGGACACUCCUGUCAACGCUUCUUCUCUCUAUAUUCACCCCGGCUACAAAAACCCAGACUUGUUAAACUACAACAAUGACAUCGCUCUGAUGAAACUGGAUCAACCAAUCACGUUUGACUCGUCUGUAAUGCCACUGUGUUUGCCAGCAGAGGGCGCCACGUAUGACACCGGUGUGAUGGGGCUGGUGUCAGGUUUUGGCAUCACAAUCAAUCGAGGUCGGGAGGUGUUAACAAACCGGCUGAAAUAUGUGCAGCUGCCGGUGGUGGACCAGGAGACAUGCAGCAGCUCGCUGUCUUCCAUCAGGAGAACCCGGUCCGACGUACCAAACCUGACGGAGAACAUGUUCUGUGCUGGAGUCCCAGAAGGUUCUAAGGACUCCUGCCAAGGCGACAGCGGAAGCGCCUUCACCCUGAGAGAAAACGGCCGGUUCUACGCUGCUGGGAUCGUCAGCUGGGGCAUCGAAUGUGGAAAACGGGGAACGUAUGGAGUUUAUACCAGAGUCUCCAACUACCUGCCCUGGAUCAACAACACCAUCCAGAACAACUGACUGGAGCUCAGUGCUACAGAACGUGAAGGCGUUCAUGAAGCUAAAGUAAAAUAAAAUCAGAACCAACCUUUAAUCAGAACAAA